AUGACAGCAGAUACCGAAUGGAUAAAUACAAGGGAUGACAUUAUACGGAUUUUUGUGGUGAGGCAUGGACAAACGGAGUGGAACAUUACAAGAAGAAUGCAAGGGCAUCAUGAUAUUCCUCUUAACGAAACCGGAAAAAAGCAGGCUGCAUUAUUAGGAAAAGAGCUGAGGGGCUACAAUUUCGACUUCGUGAUCACUUCUGACUUGACGAGAUGUUUGCAAACGCUUGGCAACGUUCUGGGUAAAAAGCUCGAGGAUGCAAACUUGAAGAAAACCAAGAACUUUAGGGAAAGAUAUAUGGGAGAUGUUGAGGGAAUGUAUAUCGAUGAUGCAAGGAAGAAAUAUGGUGCUUCUUUCAGAGACAGGGGUGAGACAAAAGAGGAGUUAAUAAGUCGUCUCAGCAAGGAAUGGAACAACCUACUGGAGGAGUCCAAAGAGAAGGAUUACAAAAAUGUGUUGAUGUGUGCACAUGGUGGAGUCAUCACAAACUUCUUUAGAUAUCUAGUUGCCGAAAAGCAUUAUAAACUGACUCCGGGGCUAAAAUAUGAAGACAUCAAGGUUCCAUACAAUACCAGUUUAACUAUUGUCGAUGUGAACCGGAAUGAUCUGAGCGAUGCAACAAUAAGAGUUUGGGCAUCGACAAAGCACCUUGGGGGAGUUAGGAGUGUUGCUGACCAGCAGCUUGUUUGA